ACGGAAGUAACGUCAGAGCAACCACACAGGGACCGUUUUGGUAUUUACAAAGGAGCUUUUCUCGCAUGCGGUCGACAGGGAGUCCGAAGCGACCUCCGCACCGCUCGUCUCGCAGAAAACACUGCUAUGGCGCCCUUGUCGCGGUCCCUUUCGUGUCUGAUGAAACACACGGGGUGUCUGUGGAGAGUGGGUAAUUUCCGUAGCUCUCAACAGGGGCUACCCAACCACCCGUUCAGGUCUGGCUGGAUGAAGAAGAAUUUCAGGGCAGUUUCCUGCGUAGGAGCCGGCGUCCAGGCGCUGUUACAGCAGCCAGGAGCCAAAAACGGCGCAGCAUCUGUGCGCAGCAGCUCCUCAGAGGGUCAGGACGCUACGGAGAGGCUGUGGUCUCUUUACAAAGAGACUAAAAGACAGACAGAGGUAAUAUGCACCAGCUCUGUCGAUCCGGACACCAUUUUUGCAAACAAUGAGAUGAGCCUACGAGACAUCGAGAUCUACGGCUUCGACUAUGACUACACCCUGGCGUUCUACUCCAACCACCUCCACACGCUCAUCUUUAACAUAGCGCGAGACAUCCUCAUCAACAACCACCGGUAUCCGGAGGGUUUGCGGAAGUAUGAAUAUAUUCCAGAUUUUGCUGUAAGAGGGCUUCACUAUGAUGUCCAGAAGGCACUCCUGAUGAAGAUCGAUGCUUUUCACUAUAUCCAGCUGGGAACAGUUUACAGAGGUCUUCAUCCAGUUCCUGAUGAGGAAGUCAUUGCCAUGUAUGAAGGCUCCCAUGUUCCUCUAGAGAUAAUGAGUGACUUCUAUGGAAAGAGUACACAUGGCCACACCAUGAAACAGUUCAUGGACAUAUUCUCCCUGCCGGAGAUGACCCUCCUCUCUUGUGUCAAUGACUUCUUCAUGAGGCACAACAUCGACUACGAGCCCGUCCAUCUUUACAAAGACGUUAAGGAAGCUAUCAGAGAUGUCCAUGUCAAGGGCAUUAUGUAUCGAGCUGUGGAGGCAGAUAUUGAGAAAUACAUUUGGUACGGUGAGCAAAGCCACGCUGUGUUAAAGAAGCUGUCUGCACAUGGGAAGAAGAUGUUUCUCAUCACCAAUAGCCCGUUUGAUUUUGUGGACCAUGGAAUGAGCUACAUUGUAGGAAAAGACUGGAGAGACUUGUUUGAUGUGGUUAUUGUCAAGGCUGAUAAACCUAGUUUCUUCAACGACAGAAGAAAACCUUUCAGGCGAGUGACAAACAAAGGUGCGUUACUGUGGGACAGAAUUCACAGGCUCGAGAAAGGGCAGAUCUACAAGCAGGGAAACCUUUAUGAGUUCCUCAGACUCACUGGCUGGAGGGGAUCGAAAGUACUUUACUUUGGAGAUCACAUUUACAGUGACCUGGCAGAUUUAACUCUAAAACACGGCUGGAGAACAGGUGCCAUCAUCCCUGAGCUCCGAGAGGAGAUAAAGAUCAUGAACACGCCGCAGUACGUCCACAUGAUGACCUGGUUACAGGCUCUGACGGUACUGAUCGAACAGAUGCAGGCGCACCGGGAUCCAGCAACCCAAGCUGUUGUCGAGGAGUGGAUCAAAGAAAGAGAAGCCAUGAAGCCGCAGACGAAGGACACCUUCAACUCUCAGUUUGGCAGCCUCUUCCGCACCUACCACAACCCCACCUACUUUUCCCGCCGGCUGUCGCGCUUCGCGGACAUCUACAUGGCCUCCAUCAGCUGCAUGCUCAACUACAGCCUCCAGCACACGUUCUUCCCCCGUCGCACCCCGCUGCAGCACGAGUCCCCGUUCUGGCCUGAACAAAAUUCUUCUGGACUGGGGGUCUCUUCUCCUUCUCCUCUGGCUCCACAGGACCAAAGCAGAGUCUGAUCAGGCAGGACAUUAAAAUGGAACAAUCACCACUGCUCAGUUACUUAACUUUAUACUCUAAGAAGUGUACUUUAAUAGAGUUAGUUUGUAUUUUAAAGGGCAUAAAGCAUAAUUUUAAAACGUUUCCUUCUCAACUUUGUUCAGACUUGGAGAUCAUGAGAGUUACAUUAAUUGUCCAAAGUACAGAAUCGUGCAAAAAAAUGCAAAAGAAACAAAUCAAGCACAAGGCAACUGAGAACUCAGCUGAAAGUUGAGAACAAUGACGUUGAGUCUAGAAAACUGAAGUUGCGGCAUUAUGGCAUAAAACAACGGCCAUCCAAGACAACGGUAGUGGAAGAAAUUCUGACUUCCACAAAAAUAAUCAUUUGUUUUUUUUGUUAAAAAAAACUUUCCAUGAGUUCCUUGAGAGAUCUCCAGACACUGCAGUUAUAAAUUACAUUUAGGUGUAUUCCUGUUUAAGGUAGCAUGACUAUAAAGGCUCUUUUUGUUUCAGAAAAUCUGUUUUCAAACUACCUAUCUGCUUUGACAAACGACUGAAAAGUCAAUUGUUAUUUAUUUAAGGUUCACAUUUUCAUUUUGGCUCUAAAAUACUAUUUGCCCUUUUACAGUGUAACAGAGAUGAAAAUUGUGUUUUGAUUUUUUAAAUAUGGUAUUUAUUUCAGUCCUUUUAGAUAAUUAUGUCUUAAGGAGCUCUGAAUGUAUUACUUUUGUAAGUCAAAACCCUGCGUGCUUAUAUCUGCAUGCGUAACAGUGAGAGUGGGUUAGAUUUAUUUAACAGAAUAGAUGCACUUUAGGUAGCUUAAACAGUAGGGGGCAGUCACACAUCAAGUUUAACAUGCAUUUGUGUUUUUGCCUUAUUGUCUUUUUCCUCCCCUUGUGAAAUGGGGACAUUAUAUUCUCCAUUGCCUUAAUCUGUUCACAUUACUGCAGGAUGUGUGUUUUUAUAACAAGGUGAUAUGUAGUAUUUUGGUUCAUUUGAUUUUAUGCAGUACAUUGAAACAUAUUGCACAAUGAUGUUUGUUUUUAUUAUUGGUUUAGCCAUUUUACACCAAAGUCAGCCUGUAUGUCUCAUUUCAGAAGAUUGAUAAUUGGCUAUUGUUGUGGAUGCUGCAGUUUCAUCAAUGAACAAAGAAUCUAAGGUUAUGAGGAUUUUACAGGAAUAGGGGAAGUGUUUUCCUUUACACAUUCUGACAUGAAAUCAUGUGAAGCACUGACACAUCAUGUAAAAGGGAUUCAUUAAAUAAAGUUUUGAUGGUAAUAACCUUCA